CAAUCCGCCGCGCCGGAAACGCACUGCUCAUGAAUAAUCCAGCGAGUCGCUGAGCGGGAUUGAGAUCUGAGGAAGGAAACGCUCUAGCACUUUGCGAACAUGGCGACUGCGAUGUACCUCGAGCACUACCUGGACAGUAUAGAAAAUUUACCUUGUGAACUCCAAAGGAACUUCCAACUUAUGAGUGACUUGGAUCAGAGGACAGAGGAUAAAAAGAAAGAAAUUGAUGCAUUGGCCAGUGAGUAUAUAGCCAAAGUGCGGGAUCUGACCCCAGAACAGAGAGUACAGCAUCUACAGCACAUCCAGAAUGCUUACAGCAAGUGCAAGGAGUACAGUGAUGACAAAGUGCAGUUAGCCAUGCAGACAUAUGAAAUGGUGGACAAGCACAUCAGACGCCUGGAUGCUGAUUUGGCUCGAUUUGAAGCUGACCUGAAGGAAAAACUAGAAGGCACAGAGUUUGACAGCUCGUCCGGACGUGGGAUAAAAAAGAAUCGUGGUCAGAAGGAUAAGCGUGGGUCUCGAGGUCGUCGAGUAUCUGAAGAAGAUACUGUAAAGAAAAAAAAAUUAAAAGGAGGGCCAGUGUUCUCCGACUCGGUCCUAUCGGUGCAUCCUUCAGACGUCCUUGAUAUGCCGGUAGACCCUAAUGAACCCACAUACUGCCUGUGUCACCAGGUGUCCUAUGGGGAAAUGAUUGGCUGUGAUAACCCAGAUUGUCCCAUUGAGUGGUUCCAUUUUGCCUGUGUAGAUCUCACCACUAAACCGAAAGGAAAGUGGUUCUGUCCUCGCUGCACUCAGGAGCGGAAGAAAUGAUUACAACACCACAACGUUGAUCAGAUUUCUCCUUAUUACUUCCACAUGAUUUUCUGUGCAUCGUCCCAGUCCUUUUUAUUGCUACUGGAUGGCUUCCUAAAGAUUAAAAGAGGAAGCAACAGAUUUACUAAAUCUACAACCCUCUUCCUAGGAAGAGUACUGUUGCACUUUUGGACUGGUACUGCUAUUAAUUUCUUUUUGACAGUGUAAUUUCAUCAUCUUAUGUUACUGAAAGGGAGAACAAAGUAAAGCACGUUUGUCUUACUCCAUGAUUUGUGCUUAAGGGGUUUGUCAGAGUUUUUUUAAAAAUUUUACUAAAGUGCCAGGAACUUGGUAAAAAAUAAAUAUAACUAACCUUCCUGCUGCCGCCGCCCUCAUCUUCCCCCAAGCUCCAGCCAGUGACAUGUUGUUUGGUUGCAGUGCCAACAUUUUAAAUGCCAGUGGCUGGCCUCCGCAGUCUAGUGUCGUACACUGCUGAGGCUAGGAAUUAUCUGCACCAGCACUUCAGUAAAACUUAAAAAAAACAAAAAAAACUUUGACAACUCCUUUAAACAUACAACGCACAUGUUCCACUAUGCACACAAAAUGUCAGUGAUAUAAGAUUUGUAAAUCAAUUUUAUUGGGACACUCUUGACACCUUAUGUUACAAGUACUGACUGUAAGGCGAUAUACACACAGUGAAAAUCUGUUAUGGUAUGUCUGGUAUAUGAAGUGUAAGUACAAACUAAAUCAAUUAGGGGCCAUGCACACAGCUGUAUUAUGGCUCUGCACAUCCACUGCUCUGUCUUGUGCAUGAUGCCUUGAACUAUAUUGUAGCUGUAGACGAUAGAUAGCAUUUUUUGUGGUGGGUAUUUGUGUUACAUGGGGCUGCAUAAAAGGAACCCUUUUUGGGUGCUCCAAGCACUCAAAAUGCAUGUGAAAGCAGAAAUUGGAUUUUUUCAUAUAAACCAGUUUUGAUUCCUUUCAUAUAAUUUCUUCUGUAAGGGAGCACUAUUAUGCUUAUACCACUUUUCACAUGCAGGUUUGUACACUUUGGGCAAGCUAGUGCAUCUGAAUGUAUGAUUUGGUGCAGUAGUAAUCCUACCUUUAUAGGCUGGUUUCACAUUCCCUUAAGGGCUCAUUCAGACGACCGUAUUUUUGCGGAACAGAUGGGGCCGCAAAAGAUGUGGACAGUACACGGUGUGCAGUCUGCAUCCGUACUUCCGUUCUGUGGCC